GAGGCUGCUCCGCUCGGGGGAGCCCGCGGGCGAGCAGUGCCCGGGCGAAGAUGGCGGCGGCGGCGGCGGCGCGGGCCUGGCGGCUGCUCCGCGGCUCAGGUCCCUUCUUCCCGCUCCGCAAAGACCAGGCGGCUGCCCGCAGGCUCGGGCGCCCUUUGGACCAGCGGCGGCUCUUCAGCAACAGCAAAAUCCUGGUGGAGCUCGAUGCCAGCACAGGUGUCGCCAUGAUGAAGAUGAAGAGCCUGCCUGUGAACAGCCUCAGCCUGGAGUUCCUCACGGAGUUUUGCAUAAGUCUGGAAAAGCUGGAGAACGACAAGGCCUGCCGAGGCGUCAUCCUGACCUCGGCCAUCCCCCAGAUCUUCUCGGCCGGGCUGGACAUCACCGAGAUGUGUGGCAAGACGGAGGAACACUACGCAGAGUUCUGGAGGGCCGUGCAGGAGAUGUGGCUGAAGCUGUACGGCUCCAGCCUGGUGACCAUCGCCGCGGUCAAUGGCUCCAGCCCCGCGGGGGGCUGCCUGAUGGCCUUAUCGUGCGACUACAGGAUUAUGGCUGACGACCCCAAAUACAAAAUCGGGCUGAACGAGACGAGACUCGGCAUUGUGGCCCCCUUCUGGUUUAAGGACACCGCGCUGAACACGGUUGGCCACCGGGCCACGGAGCUCUCCCUGCAGCUGGGGCUGCUCCACUCUGGCCCCGAAGCCCUCAGAAUCGGCCUCGUGGAUGAGCUGGUCCCGGAGGAGAAGGUCCUGCAGGCCGCCGCCAAAGCGAUGGGCCAGUGGCUUGCUGUGCCAGACCACGCCCGCCAGAUCUCUAAGUCCCUCAUGCGGAAGCUGCCCAUGGACCGCCUGCUGGCGCAUCGCGAGGACGACACCCAGAACUUCGUGCGCUUCAUCUCCAGGGACUCCAUCCAGAAGUCCCUGCAGAUGUACAUGGAGAGGCUGAAGCAGAAGAAGGGCUGAGCCGGAGCCGGAGCGCCACGGCCCGGAGACACGGGGGGGGCUGCCUCUGGGCCCCGGCCCGGGCCCUGCUGGGCCGCCCCUCCCCACACGCCGCCGGGGCCGCUCCCCUCGAGUGCCUUUUGCAUGGAGUGUCCUGCCGUUCGGGAGCCCGAGGCCCAGUAGGGCGGUGUGGGAAGGACGGCGCCCCUCGGGGCCGUUGCAACACCUGCCUUCCUCGGGAAGGGUGGACUUUGCGAAAUGUGAACUGCCAAUAAACACUUCAGAUGUGA